UCGGGGGCAUCACUGCCAGUAGAAGGAGCUCUUCGGUCUUACCUAAUCCAGAAGCCAAACAUACACAAACAUGGCGAUAUCACAGGCAGGCAAGAUGCUGUCCUCUCUUCGGUGUUCGUUAUAUUUAUUAGUCCUCGGGCUUGCAGGAAUAAACUCGUCGACCCUUCGUCUUCACCCGGAGCAGCGCUACAUGCUGCCGCAAAACAGAGGCUUUUUCACAAUAGAAGCAAAUGAGGAUUUACCAGACGGAGGUGGAGGAGGCGCCGCGGCUCCAGCGCUGCCUCUGGCCGCUCGUAGCGCAGCUGAAGGCGGGUCGGACUCGGGCGCCCAUCCGCAGCAUCGAAGCCGCCGGAGCUCCGGUGACUCGGCGAUGCCAAAGGUGUACGGCCAGGCCAACCUGAAUGACUCUCACAACCAGAUGGUGGUCCACUGGGCUGGAGAGAAGAGCAAUGUCAUUGUGGCCUUGGCCCGAGACAGUGCAGGAGCCACCGGACCCAAAACCAGCUCUGUCUACGUGUCCUAUGACUAUGGAACCACUUUCACGCUCGUCUCAGACAAGUUCCAGCUUUCAGGAGUCAAGGUGAAGGAGGGCAGCAAGCAGGUCAUUUCCCAGUUCUACCACAGCCCUGCAGACAACAGGAGGUACCUUUUUGUAGACUCCACCAACAACUACCUGUGGAACACGUUUGACUUCUGUAAAAGCGUCCAGGGCUUCUCCCUCCCCUUCAAACCGACUGACCUGCUGCUUCACACCAGGAGAUCCAACCUGGUGCUCGGCUAUGACGGCUCUCACCCGGACAAACCGCUGUGGAAAUCAGACGACUUUGGGGAGACGUGGGUGUUGAUCCAAGAGCACGUGAAGACCUACUUUUGGGGUGUGGAGCCCUACGACCCCCCCACCACGGUGCUGGUCCAGAGACACGAGCCCCAGGGUGUCUCCACCAUCCUCAGCAGCACAGACUUCUUCCAGAGCGAACAGAACCGCAGAGUGAUCCUGGAGCAGGUGGACAGCUUCCAGCUCCGAGACAAGUACAUGUUUGCCACGAUCACACGGAAACUGUUUGGCAGCCAUGAACCUUCAUCUGUUCAGCUCUGGGUCUCCUACAACCGCCAGCCAAUGAAAGCCGCCCAGUUUAUGACCCGACAUCCAAUCACAGAGUACUACAUUGCAGAUGCAUCUGAGGACCAAGUGUUUGUGUGUGUCAACCACCUGAACAACGUCACACACCUCUACAUCUCAGACACACAGGGCCUCUCCUUCUCUCUGUCCCUGGAAAAUGUGUUAUAUUACAGUCCUGAGGGUUCUGGCAGCAACACACUCAUCAGGUACUUUGCCAAUGAGCCGUUUGCAGACCUGCACCGUGUGGAGGGGCUGCGAGGGGUCUUCAUCGCCACGCUCAUCAACGGCUCCGUCAGCGAGGACAACAUGCGAUCUGUCAUUACUUUUGACAAGGGCGGGACGUGGGAGCUGCUUCAGCCACCUGCUGCUGACAGCCUGGGAGGAACUAUGGACUGCCAGCUCAGUAAAGGUUGCUCUCUCCACCUGGCCCAGCGCUGGAGCCAGCUGUUCAACAUCCAGCUGAGGAGGAUGCCCAUCCUAUCCAAGGACUCUGCACCUGGACUCAUCAUGGCCACAGGAUCUGUAGGCAGGAACCUGGCCAACAAACCCAAUGUGUAUGUAUCCAGUGGUGCUGGAGCACGGUGGAGAGAGGCACUGGCAGGCCCUCAUUUCUACACAUGGGGUGACCACGGUGGUAUCCUGAUGGCCAUCGCACAAGGAGGUGCCACCACGCAUCUGAAGUUCAGCACCAAUGAAGGCGAGACAUGGACUGACUUUAAGUUCUCAGAUAAGGAGGUGUAUGUGUACCAGCUGCUGACGGAGCCUGGAGAGAAGAGCACCAUCUUCACCAUCUUUGGCUCCUACGCCGAGCAGAGACACAGCUGGCUCAUCCUGCAGGUCAACACCUCUGAUGUCCUGGGUGUACCUUGUUCUGAUGCUGACUACAAACGCUGGUCUCCGUCAGAUGAGCACGGUAAUGAGUGCCUGUUGGGCAGAGAGAUAACAUUUAAGAGACGAGCUCCUCACGCUACAUGCUUUAACGGAGAGGACUUCGACCGGCCCGUCAUCAUCUCUAACUGCUCCUGCACACGGCAGGACUAUGAAUGUGACUACGGUUUCAAGCUGAGUGAAGACUUGUCUCUGCAGGUGUGUGUUCCUGACCCUGAGUUCGUGGGUGACCUCUACGCUCCUCCAGUUCCUUGCCCUGUCGGUACCAGCUACCGCCGCAGCAAAGGCUACAGAAAAGUACCAGGUGAUAGCUGCCGUGGAGGAGACGUGGAGUCCAGACUGGAUGGAGAGAUGCUGCCGUGUCCCGUUGGAGAAAGUAAUGAGUUUAUCCUGUACGCUGUGAGGAACUCCAUCCACCGCUACGACCUGGCCACAGGCACCGACCAGGCCCUGCCUCUGGCCGGCCUCAGGGAGGCUGUAGCUCUGGACUUUGACUAUGACAGGAACUGUCUGUACUGGGCAGACAUCUCUCUGGACACCAUACAGCGUCUGUGUCUGAAUGGCAGCACAGGUCAGGAGGUCGUAGUGAGGAAAGACCUGCAGAAUGUCGAGGCCCUGACCUUUGACCCCAUCAGUAGACUCCUCUACUGGGUUGAUGCUGGAGCGCAGAAGAUUGAGGUUUCAAACCCUGACGGAGACCUGCGCCAUACUCUGCUCAACUCCUCCAUCCUGGAGCAUCCUCGAGCUCUAGUUCUGCUGCCUGGAGAGAGUCUGAUGUUCUGGACUGACUGGGGAGACCGAGCACCUGGCGUUUACCGGAGCUACAUGGAUGGAACCAGCGUGUCGUGCAUCGUGUCCGAGGGCGUCCGCUGGCCCAACGGCAUCACAGCUGACGACCACUGGCUGUACUGGACCGAAGCCUACAGCGACCGCAUCGAGAGAGCCGACUUCAACGGGGGCCAGAGGAGCGUUCUCAUGGAGGGACUGCCCCACCCAUACGCCAUCGCUGUCUUCAAGAAUGAUCUGUACUGGGACGACUGGUCCAGAAUGGGAAUCUUUAAAGCUCCAAAGGCUGGUUCUCAGAACAAUGAGCUGAUUGUUGGCAGGCUAACUGGAGUCAUGGACCUCAAGAUCUUCUAUAAGGGGAAGAACAGAGGCCAUAAUGCCUGUGCUGACCAGCCGUGCAGCCUGCUGUGUCUGCCUCAGCCAGGCCACCGACACACCUGUGUUUGCCCGGAUGGUGCCCCGACUGUAACCAUGCCCAACGGAGAGGUGCAGUGCCAGUGUCCCAGCGGCUACCAGCUCCAGAACAACACCUGCAUCAAGACGGAGCACAGCUGUUUGCCCAACCAGUACCGCUGCUCCAACGGCCGCUGCAUCAGCAGCAUCUGGAAGUGUGACAGUGAUAACGACUGUGGAGACAUGAGUGAUGAACGGGAGUGUCCCACUACGACCUGUGACCCGUCCAACCAGUUUCGCUGCGUGGCCUCAGGGUCCUGCAUUCCACUGGCCUUCAAAUGUGACCACGAGGACGACUGUGGAGACAACAGUGACGAGGAACACUGUGAGUCUCACCAGUGUGGCCCCGGGGAGUUUACAUGUGCACGAGGUGUUUGUAUCCGUGAGGUGUGGCGCUGCGAUGGAGAUAACGACUGCAGAGACUGGUCAGAUGAAGUCAACUGCACAGUGGGCCAUCAUACAUGUGAGCCCAGCAGUUUCCAGUGUCACACAGGCCACUGCAUACCACAGCGCUGGAAGUGUGAUGGUGAUGAUGACUGUCAGGACGACUCCGAUGAAGAUCCUCAAUACUGUGAGGGAACUAAAUGUAAAGGCUUCCUGUGCUCCAAUGGCACCUGCCUGGCAGCCACCGCACACUGCAAUGGCAUCCAAGAAUGUCCGGACGGUGUAGAUGAACACAACUGUGACCCCCUGUGUACUCGCUACAUGGAGUUUGUUUGUAAGAACCGAGCCCAGUGUCUGUUUCAGUCUCUGGUUUGUGACGGGAUCAAACACUGUGAAGAUGGAUCUGAUGAGGACGCUGACUAUGCUGGAUGUGCUACACCAUCUGAAUUUGGCAAAGUGUGUGACGCCUACACCUUCCAGUGUGCCAACGGAGUGUGUGUGAGCCUAGAGUGGAAGUGCGACGGCAUGGAUGACUGUGGAGAUUACUCUGAUGAAGGCAACUGUGCUGCUCCCAGUGAAGUCCCCGGCUGCUCCAGGUAUUUCCAGUAUGAGUGCAAAAAUGGACGUUGUAUUCCUACAUGGUGGAAGUGUGACGGAGAGAAUGAUUGUGGGGAUUGGUCGGACGAGGCCCCAUGUACAGGCGGUGUUACUCCUCACAGCGUGGACCCUUCUCCCAGUACCUGUGCACCUAACCGCUUCCACUGUGGCUCUGGAGCUUGUAUCAUCAACACCUGGGUGUGUGACGGCUAUGCUGACUGCACCGACGGCAGCGAUGAGCUCGGAUGUCCUACAGCAGCUAACGGCUCUGUGACGCUAGCCCCGGUACCCACUGAGGCCCCGGCACCCCCUCCCUCCCCUGGUCGCUGUAGUCAGGGUCAGUUCAUGUGCCGCCGGCCCCCCCACUGUAUCCCCGACUGGCAGCACUGUGACGGCCAAGUCCACUGCCAGGACGGCUCUGAUGAAGCCCACUGCCCCACACGAGGGCCUCUGUUCUGUGUCAAUGGGACUCGCUGUUCUGACGGUGAAGCCUGUGUGCUGGACAGCGAGAGGUGUGACGGCUUCCUGGACUGCUCUGACCACAGCGAUGAGGACAACUGCACCCUGGACACCCUGGCUUAUAAAGUCCAGAACCUCCAGUGGACGCCUGACUUCUUGGGAGCCAUCACUCUGACCUGGUCCCGUCCCAAAAGCCUUCCCCAGGACUCCUGCUACUUCCUCAUCUACUACAGGCUUGUGGGCACACAGCAGUGGACCACCAUGGACACCCACAGCAACAAGACCAGCUACAAACUGACCGUGCUGAAACCAGACACCACCUACCAUGUGAAGGUGCUCACUCAGUGCCUCAGCAAGCUGCACAAGACCAACGAGGUGAUCACAGUCAGGACGCCAGAGGGACUGCCUGACCCUCCCAGGAACCUGCAGCUGUCUUGUGAUAACGGUGAGGAUGGGACAGUGGAGGUUUCAUGGAACCCUCCUGACAAAGGACACGGCCUCAUCAGAGAGUACAUCGUUGAGUACAGUGAGCACGGAGGUCUUGACUGGACGUCACAAAGAUCGACCAAAACCAGCACUGAGGUGAAGGAGCUGCAGCCAGACACUCUGUACAGGUUCAGGGUGGCCGCAGUGACCAGCCGAGGUGUCGGAAACUGGACUGAGGUUAAAUCCAUCACCCCAAAGAAAGCUCUGCCGCCUCCCUCUGUGAUCGCCGACAGCAUCACCACCGACUCCAUGAGCCUUUCAUUCAGCCUAAACUCCCAGCAUGACGUGAAACAGUACAUUGUGAUUCUGUCCUGGCAGUUUGACACCCACGUCAAGGAGAGCAAGAACUACUCAGUCACAGCAGGGAUCCUCAAAGCUACAAACCUGACAGCAGGGACAGUGUAUGAGGUGGCUGUGUGGGCUCACACCAGUAUAGGAGACAGUCCCACCGCCCUGUCCCAUCACCAGACCACCGGCACCCAGCCAGACCGGCCCUCCCUCAAAGCCAGGGCUCUCAACCAGACAGCUGUAGAGUGCAGCUGGACCAUCAGCGGACCGCCUGCACAGAUGUAUGGGGUGUUUUACGCCACCUCCUUCCUGGAUCUGUACCGCAGUCCUCGUCAGGUCCUCACCUCUUCUCUCAGCCUCACAUUAAAUGUGGACAGCGAUGAACAGUAUCUGUUCCUGGCGCGGGCUGUCUCUCCCUUCCUGGGUCCUCCCUCUGACUACGCUGUGGUGAAAAUGAUUCCCAACGAGAGGCUGCCACCCAGGAACCUCCACCGUGUUCGAGUCGACAAGAAUCAGGCCCUUCUGAAAUGGCAGCCGCCCUACGACACCCCAAACGCACCCCUGACGUAUGUGAUCCAUGUGCGGGAUGCGAUCCGGAAGGUGGAGCGGGACUACAAGCUCAAAACCCAGAACAACACGGUGGAGUACCAACUAAAAAACCUGGAGCCUGGAGGACGAUACAGCAUCUCUGUCCGCCUGCGCAACAUGAGCAAGGAGGCCAGCUUCACUCUCAGCACAGUUCCUCUUCCAGCUCCAGAAGCCCUAAAAAUUCUGACAGAGAAAGACUACGUGUUCCUCAUCUGGAAGAGUCUGGCUGUACGAGAGAAGGGCUUCAAUGAGAGCAGGGGCUAUGAAGUGCAUGUGCUCGACAGCGUGACCAACCAGACGUCGUACCUGGGAAACACCACAGAGACCUACUUCCGCAUCAGCAGCCUGCUGGUGGGACACAACUACACCUUCUCUGUGCAGGCCCGCUGUCUGCUCAAUGGUCAGCUGUGUGGGGAGCCUGCACUGCUGCUCUACAACCAGAUGACAGGGUCCACAGAUGCCUCCCGCAGUGAGGGAAACUCGGGGGACACGGCAGCAGUGGUGGUUCCAGUCCUGUUCCUGCUGCUGCUGGGAGUGUGUGGCGGCUUGGUGGCCCUCUACUUCCGACACCGCCGGCUGCAGAACAGUUUUACCGCCUUCGCCAACUCCCACUAUAACUCUCGCCUGGGCUCUGCCAUCUUCUCCUCUGGGGAUGAACUGGGUGAUGAUGAUGAAGAUGCUCCCAUGAUCAGUGGCUUCUCAGACGACGUGCCCAUGGUCAUCGCGUAGCCAGACGUCCCUCCAUUACCUAUUUCUCUCUCUUCCCUUCUCCCCUUCUCUUCUUCUGCCCCUUUAGUCCCCUUCGGCCCCCAUCAGUGACGCGGUACGAUGGAGCAAAUAGCAGACAGGCAGAAACUCGCCGACAUCCCAAAUCCAUCGAUGGGAAUCCACCCCGAUUAGCAGGAAACGUGAAGAAAAUUGGAAAAGUGUAAAGAGAGAAAGAGAUAUUUUUCAAAUAUACAAUGCACUUUUUUUGGAUGCGCAAUAACUUAUUUUUUAUAAUAUUAAAUAUAUAUACAUAAAUAUAUAUAUAUGGGGUCAAAAAAGGACUGAGAGGAAGAGGUGGACACUGAAGCAAACUGUGAAGGAUUUGAGUUUGUUGAGCGCGCCAGGGAAGGAAAAGACCCUAUUUGUAAUGCAAACUCACUAUCCAUUGGGGCGGUUCAUUGCUUAAAGCCAAAAUACGCAUCCAGAGACUGGAAUAUAGAAUGCAAAAAACACCAUAUUGAAAAAAAAUACAAAUAUAUAGACUUAUGCUGUAUACAAAAUGUACAAAUAGAAAAUAUCAGAGUGGUAAUAGUUACAUAUGUUGGUGAUAGUACAGUGUGUACUAUAGCAUUAUAUGUAACGUUGGUGCCCAGUGUUAGACAGCUGGAGAAGUUAGCUUUGGAUCACAUUUGUUCAUUUACAGAAUCCGAAUUGUUUGUCUCAUCAAAGGAUCACCGGUCUGGAAACUGUUGAUUCUUGUGAAUGCAUUAAUGAUCAGCGCAACCAAACGGAUCAGUGACUAGGUUGACCAGUGGCACCAUGCUAGUGUCUUCAUAGAUACGCUUUCAUUUCCCACCACCAGCACACUGCUGUAGGUACGAAGAGGCGACACACACCAUCCCAUAAUAUUAGCGGCAUUGAGGAGGGAAGACACCCUCCCGUCAUUGCCAAGAUCAUCCGAACUAUUUGUAAAUAUUGGCUUUUAACAUGUCCUCUCCUUGUAAUGCUGCACCGUAUUGUUCUGUAAAAUGUGUUUUGUUUUCUCGUUUAAUCAUUCAGGACUACGAGUUAUCGUCCCCAGCAUUUUGCCAUAGCUGUAGUUGUAGAGGAAGUGUGUUUGGGGUUCUCAGGGAACUGUGUUGGAGCGGACACCAGCGCAGCACCACCAUCACCACCAUGACUUAGGUAGCACUGUCCAUCUCCUGUCCAAUAGAAAACUUUGAGGAGGUACGGACUCAGCGGUGGGUGGAAUGACUGGCAGGCACAGAUUAUUGUCAGUAGUUGUGAUGAAGAGUCAAGUUCAGGCUAACUUGCCGGUUUACAUGAAGAGUUAAAGAAUCGGGUCACCGAGCCUUUGUAUUUUACUUCUAGUUGUAUCUAGUCAUGCAGAUAUUUUGUUGAUAUUUGACUCUUUUUUUUUUUUUUUUAAUAUGAAUGUCUCCUUUUACUGUGAACAGUCUGAAGAGAUCAUUGGAACUAGUUUCUGCUGAAGAAAGUAGACACUGUGUUCUGUAGAUUAUCCAGAGUUCUGUGGCCAGCAAAGGUAAAGCAAGGUGCAGCAACUUAAUGUCUUCUACAAGCUUGUUUUGUCUGAGCUAACAAGCUAAAACUCUCAGACAUUACACCAUGGUUCAAAAGUUUAGGGUCGCUUAGAAAUGUUGUUAUUCUUGAAAGAAAAGCUCUUUUUUCAAUGGAGAUGAUGUUAAAUGAAUGAUAAAUCCAGUCUUGACUUUGUUAAUGUGAUAAAUGACUAUUCUAGCUGGAAACAGCUGAUUUUUAAUGGAAUAUCUCCAUAGGGGUACAGAGGAACAUUUCCAGCAACCAUCACUCCUGUGUUCUAAUGCUACAUUUUGUUAGCUAAUGGUGCUGGAAGGCUCAUUGAUGAUUAGAAAACCCUUGUGCAGUUAUGUUAGCACAUGGAUAAAAGUGUGGGUUUUCAUGGAAAACAGGUAAUUUUCUGGGUGACCCCAAACUUUUGAACAGUAGUGUAUAUUUAUGAUGAUGUGAACAGAAAACAAACCGCUGAUCCUCGCAUUUGAGAAAUCAGAACUCUGAAAUGUUUUCUAUGCCACCAAAAUUGGGAGUGAUUAAUUUCCCUUUGGCACUAACAACCACUCCUUUUUUACGUUUUAAAAAUUAAACCUGAUUAAAUAUUUAGUAUCGUUGGUUUUAACGCUUUCAAUGAAUUUACUUUAGGACUAAUAGUGACUAUAUGUCCUUUUUCAAUUGAUAAAACAAAACUCUGUGAAGUACUGUUUAAGACGGUGUUUAUUGUUCACUUCAGGGUUUUUCCAGACUCGGAAUGGAACUUUGAGUGUGACUUCAGACAGUAAGCCUGAUCCAUCCCCGUACAGUAACGGCGAUUAGUCUGUGUCACCGUGUUAGAGGGAAAUCUAUGCAUUUCUACUUAUUCCUGACCAUUUGAUGAAGAGAAAUGUCUUUAGGGCUUUAGUACAUUAAACCCCAUUUAACAAAACAGUUUUUUUUUAAAUCUCAACUCUUAAUAUUUUGUUGUUGCUGACUAAAAAGUCUUUGAAUGACACAAAAAUUCCUCUAAGCAGAAAAGCCUUGCUUGUAGGAAAAAUGAUGGCCUGUCAGUUGUUAAUUUGUGGAUUACGUUUUCUGGUUCUGGAUGCGGACAAAUACAAGCAAAGCUAAAUGCAUGGCUAGAUACUGCUAGAGAGCCGAGAAGGAAGUUGGUUGGUUCCUUGAUGAACUGUGAGAUCAGUGUUGAAUCAGCCGGUUGGACAGAGAUGAUACCUGGGAGGAUAUUCUGUGUGUACAGAAUCUAACUGCUGCACAUCUGUGCAGGUGUCAACACACAAACCAAAACCUUUGUUCUGCUCCCACCCCCCCUCACCUGACUCUGUGCUGUUGUCCAUUAACUGAUGUUGUGUUUGGCCUCUGGGCUCGAGCCAUUUGAACCGAUGGUGUCCUGCUUUGUAUCGUUCUUGUUUUGUUUGUAUAGACGUCUUCAUGAAUGUAUUUUAUAUCUGUACUUUUUAAGGUAUUGUCCUCGCUCAUUAUGCUACUGCUAGCACCUGAGAAGUCGAUGCACGCUCUCUGGUUUUUGCCCCUUACUACAGUGAAUUUGUAGAUCACCCCUUCCACAUGUUGUUACUCUGUAGACCGGAUUCUACAGACAAAUUCCAGCUGUUUUAGCCCUCCAGUUCCAAUUUACUAACUCAGAGGAGCAGUCCGUUUGCUGUCAGGUAGAGCCCGAAUAUCUCAUUUUGUCAUCUCACUCUUCCCAGAUCAUCAAACGGUGUCUGUACUUACAUUUAAGGUUUCCUCAAGCUUGAUCCCACACAGAUCCUCGCCCUGUUCAUGAGAUACUUUGUUUUUGUUUUCUUGGCCUUAAAACCGAUUUUUCUGGCAUUGAUGCUGUGUUUUUGCUCUGUGAAGUUUCUGUUGUCUGAUUUUCUGUUUCGCCACAUAAUGCCUUAUUAGAACACAUUGGGUUUCUAUGUAAUGUACUGUUUGUAAGAUAGAACACAAGGGCACACGCAUGCAUACACUCACACACACACAUGACCCAGACACAAAGCUGAGGAGGAAUUUACUGUUAGGGCAUUUGGUUAAUUUUGUCAGAUCACUGCUCUUUUCUGCGCUGGCCGCCGCCGGCCGGCCACUUUAUGUUUUUAAUCAGGUUUUACACAUGUACAAAGUAUAAUUAUUGGUUAUUAAGUGACUGUUUGCUCCCCACCUGUUUUAAUGUCAACUCUUGUCAAAUAGUUUGCUUCAAAAUGUCGUUUGGCACAGAGUUUGAUCAUGUUGGACUUGGCCAUGUUUGAAGAUGUUAAUGUCUUGCUUGCUUGUAUCAGAGAUUGCAAGAAAAUGAGGUGUUUGGAGAACAGUGUGAGGUGUUUUAAAAACCACUUAUACUGAAAUAAACUUGCUGAAAAUAA